UACUGGCUGAUCCGAUCGGUUGCGAUCCCUAGCAAACCACGCUGCAUAGCAUAUAAAGGUAAGUCUACUGAGCGCGACACAACGGUAGAAUGCAGAAUGAUGGUGAGGGGUUGCCCGACCUGGUGCUGCUGCAACUGGUGGCACGCGCACACGCUCAGCAAUAGCCGUAGCGCCAUCUGCUGCUCCUCCUCCUCGGCGCUCACCCGAGCCAGAGGCCUCUCUACCUCCUUGGAAAAUCCAGCUCCCCUUGGAGGAUCGGCCGACGAGGAGAAUCCGGUGGCGGAGACCGCGAGAAGGGUGUGCGAGACGAUCCUGAGGCAGCCCCGGUGGGAGAGCUCCCUCUCCUCCCGCUUCCCUCCCUCCCGCCUCUUCCACCCCGCCUGCGUCCGCCUCGUCCUACGGCCCCUCGCCUCCUCUCGCCCCCUCCUCUCCCUCCGCUACCUCCUCUGGCUCUCCUCCCACCACGACGCCGCCCCUCCUCUCGACACGCCCACCGCCUCCUGUCUUCUCGACGCCCUGGCCCGCGCCCGAGCCUGGCGGGCCGCCCUUCUCGCUCUCCGCUCGACGAAAUGCCGCCCCGACCCCGCCGCCCUUGACUCCUUCCUCCUCCGCCUUGUCCGCAGCGGGCUGCCAGAUGAAGCCGUCGAGGCCAUCUCCGAGCUCGGGACCCACCUGGGCUUCUGCCCAUCUCUCCCCACCUGGAACGCUGCCCUCUCUGCCUCCCUCAGGGCAGGGCGGACCGACGUCGUGUGGCGCCUCUACGAGACGAUGAUGCGGUUCGGUGUCGCCGGCGAUACGUCCACUGCCAGCUACCUCAUCCGUGCCUUCUGCGCCGAGAGCAGGUUGGCGGAGGCCUACAGGCUCCUCCGGGAGGUCUCCAGGAACGGGCUCGUGCCGGACGUUGUCUCCCUCACCAGUUUGGUCUCCGGGUUCUGCAGGGAUGGCAACUACGGCAAGGUCUCCGAGCUCCUCCACGUGAUGAUCGCGGGCGGCCGUAUGCCUGACAUCUACACGUACCAAUCCAUCAUCCACGGGCUGUGCGACAAUGGCAUGGGCGACGAGGGCUUCCGGGUUUUCAAUGAUCUCAAGCGGAGGGGUUACUUGCCCGACGCGGUCACGUACACCACCAUGAUCGACGGGCUCUGGAAAAUGGGCCGGAUCAAUGACGCGCGGAAGCUGUGGUCCGAGAUGGUCGGGAAGGGGAUGGAGCCGAACGAGUACGCCUACAAUGCCAUCAUGGAUGCCUACUGCAAGGUGGGCGACAUGGAGCAGGCUCAGAGGGUGUAUGAUGAGAUGCUUGCCAAGGGUCUCAAAGAUAACACAGUGAGCUGCAACACCUUGAUCAAGGGAUUUUGCUUGCAGGGGAGGAUAGGAGAAGCAAUCGAGUUGUUCGAGGAAAUGCCCAUGAAGAGAAUCGAGCGUGACGUGAUAACCUACAAUACACUGAUUCAGGGCUUCUGCAAGGCUGGGAAGAUGGCCGAGGCAAUGGAGCUUUAUUGGGAGCUGCUGUUGGCAGGCGUACAGCCCAGCGUUUCAACAUACACGCCUUUGAUUCAUGUUCUUUGUGAGGAAGGCAAGGUUGCUGAUGCGAUAGAGCUGAUGAGAUCUAUGGAAGCUAAGGGUUUGGAGCCGUUAGUUUGCACCAAUGAUUUCAUCAUAACUGGAUUCUGCAAGCAGGGCAAGGCUGAAGAGGGCAUGGCCUGGCUGGUAAGCAUGCUGGAGAACAAUCUCAAACCACGAGGAGAGACAGUUAACGCAUUAAUCAGAUCCCUAAGCUCACUGGGACGGUUGGAUGAUGCACUGCUGGUGCUAAGUGCUAUGUUUGAGAUCGGCUACUCUCUAGGAAGUUCUGCAUGCCAUGUGCUUAUUAAUCAACUGUGCCAAGAUAAGUGGUGCAAAACUGUGGAGUGUGUGGAGGAGAUCUUGGUGAGUGACUAGUUGCAGACUCCUGCUGCUGCCCUCAAGGCUGAUGCUAUCUCAGCGAAGGAGAAGUAUUUAAUUUGAAGAAACACUGUGGUCUCCAGCAAUAUGAUGCUUGCUCUGUAGUUCGCCUCUUGCUUGGAUAGGUGUUUAUACUCCAUUUCAUUGUUGGUGGAAGGUCAGUUUAUACUCCAUUUCAUUGUUGGUGGAAGGUCAGUACCCAUAACUUCUUAACUUGAGAGGGAUCUGAUUGUCCAGAAUGAUCUUGGAAAUCAAAUAAAAUAUGCGACUUAGAAAAAAGAUGGCAUGAACAUGGUCUUGGAGCUGUUUAUGACUAUGCUAUGACUAUUGUCCAACAGAUGGGAUUUAUUCGCACUGAUGCAUUUGAUCCAAAACAGUGCGUUAUUCCUGGUGAUUCUUUUGAUUAUGUUGAGGAGAACAGAACUUUCUUUUCAGAUGUCAAAGAUAUUUAUAACAGGGGAACAAGGUUGUUGCUGAUUUUAUUGAUGCAUUGAUAGGAGCCUACCUUAGUGCUAUUGGAGACUAGCAGCACUUCGUUUCCUAGAUUGGCUGGGAAUGAAGAUUGAGUUCAAUAAAGAGAUCAUUGUGGAAAGAUCAGUAUUAACAAGACCUGAAAAGUAUGUAAAUGUUGAAGUUCUCGAGUCACUGCUGAAGUAUACAUUCGAUGACCUCUAACUGUUGGUUGAAGUAUUGACGCAUGGUUCUUAUCACUUAUCAGAUUCCAGAUAUUCCAAGCUCCUAUCGUGUUCAUUUGAACAUCAUUCAUAGUUUGAUCGUUAUGUUUUAGUGGCAAUGACUCUAUGUGCUUUUUUCUUUUCACCAAAUUAAAAAAUAGUUUUAU